AUGCAAAAUGUUACCGGAUACAUGUCACACAUUGUUCGUGUUCAUUUGAGAUGGCCCAACAACUCUCACAGUCUUCCGCCCACCGUCGUUGCCAAGAUGCCUACUGCGGAAACACUCAAUAAGAAUUAUGAGGAUACGUGUGGAACCGUUCCCGAAGCCUCUCCCGACGAUACCUUUUUGCAAAUGGUCCACAAGACUGAGAUCGCCACAUAUGGGAUGCUCAGUAACGGCCGGUGUGAAGGACUAGCAAUGCCAUUCUUUUACGACUCGUUACCAUAUUCGUCGCCUACACCCUGCAUACUCAUGGAAGACAUUCACUCAAGCGAAAUUUACGACCUUAUCGAUGGACUCAACGAUGACCAGGUCAGUGCCAACAUUCAUGGCUCUAGGAUCGCGACAUGA